GGUUUGCAGCCUCCGAGCCCUGCAGCCGCGCUCGCAGCGUGACCGCGGGGAGCCGGGACCCUGACCCCCCCCUCCGAGGGCUGGGCUGGGGGGAGCAGCGCAAGGGCAUCACCCGGAGGUGGAGGGCGCGGAGGAACCGUGGGGAGAGGAAGCUGCCUCAGGACGGAGCCGGCUCCGGGGGUGGGGGGGAUUCACAUCGGCUGCUGCGGAGCCGUCCCGAGAUGCCCCAACACGGCGGGCCCAUGGGUGGGGGUCCCCGGUGCGCGCUGGCGCUGCUGGUCCUGGCCCCGAUGGUCACUGCCGGGGACCGAGGACCCGUGCAGUGUGAGGAGCAAGCCGUGCCUGCCAACGGAGCGCUGGAGCUGCUGCCAAAGAAACCCCUGGGGGAAUGGUCAAGAGUCAAGUGGAGAACGGGGGUGGACGCAGGGUCCUACCAGGUGAUCCUGGUGGCUGAGAGGAGCAACGGCACCACCGUGUGCAAGAGCCCUUUCUGCGGGAGAGCAGUUUUCCAGGAGGAGCCCCUUUCCCUGCGGAUCAGCCCGGUUCUCGCGGCAGACGCGGGGCUCUACGAGGCCGAGUUUGAGCAGGCAGGCGGCGGUGUCAGCCCGCGGUGCUUCCGCGUGUCGGUGUGGGAGCCCCUUGGGCCGCCCCAUGUGGAGAGCCUCGUCCUGCCCGAGGCGCGGGGCUGGUGCAACCUCUCGCUGCUCUGCACGGCGCCCGGCGCCGGCCCCGUCUCCUACAGCUGGUCCUGCAGCGGGGAUGCGGCGGGCGCGCUGGAGCCUGGGCCCCGGCUGCACCUGCGGCUCCGCGGGGAUGCCGACCCCAUCGUGUGCUGCUGCAACGUGAGCAACCCGGUGAGCUGGAGCUCGGCCAACGCCAACAUCUCGGCAGCCUGUGGCGCCGCGGUCGCCGGGCUUUCCAGCAUCGCUCUAGGCUGGGCAGUGGCUGCGCUGGUCCUGGCCGUCGCCAUAGCCCUUGUCAUCACCUGCUACUGGCAGAGGAAACGCCGAAAGGAUCCCCCAGAAGGACACAUCGAGCAGACACUCACCGUCUACGAGGAGGUGGGAACAGCCCAAACAGGCCGAGACCAAAGCACAACAAGGAAUGAGGCCACAUCGGGAGAAAACACCAUCUAUGCCGUCAUCUGCAAAGCACAGGGCCCCAGUCUCCCUCAGGAGCCCGAAAGCAGAACCAUUUACUCCAGUGUCCAGCCCACCAGGAAGUCUCCAUCUCUCAGGAGGAAGAGGCUGGACCCAGCUUUGAUUCCACUGCUAUGCAGAGGUUACGGGGUGCCCCAGACGCCCCCAUCACAGAUCGUGCCCCCCAGCUCCUACCAGCCACCACCUCUCCUAGAGCCCCAGCAGGACCAUCCCUUCCCCAAUGGGCUCCUCUUGGAGCACCCAGCACCCCCAGCACCCACCAGGAUCCCACCCAGCAAAGCCAGGAGCUCCCUUGGGAUGGAACCAGUCCAACAAGGGUUCAAACCCCAGCUGUGCCUCGGGAGGCUCUUGUGA